GCCGCUGGAAUUGUCGCGAAAUCACACACCGAUGUGUUCCAGAGCCACGAUGAAAACCGUCGUUCUCCGUUCGACACUCGUGCUGAUAUGCGCGUCGAUCGUCAAGUCGAUCAGCGACUGCGAAGAUCCCAAUUUCCAUUCUCUGGAGACGUCGGAGUCGUCCAGGCUUGAGUGCGGCCCGGCGUUUAAGAAUCGUUGCCACUGUCUCAGAGCGUGCUACGACGGUCACCAUCAGUACAUCGUAAACUGCACGAACACCGGCUUCCACGACGUUUCCCCGCUGUCGCAUUUGCCUAAUGAGACGCAAGUGCUCAUCUUCACGGGCAAUGACCUGGAGGAGUUACCGUGGAACGUGUUCGGCACCCUGGACAGCCUACCGUACCUGCGGGUGAUCGAUAUGUCGAACAAUAAAAUACGCGAGAUUCGCGGCAAGGCGUAUCAUCACGUUCAGCAUGUAGAGCGGCUCAUACUCGACUUCAACGAGCUCUCACUGGAUCCAGCGAGAAGUCAUCCCCGAGUGUUCUCGAAUUUCGUGUCCCUCCUCGAGCUGCACCUGACCGACGCCUUCGAGGACGGCCCGCCGAGGAAUCUGGCGUCGACGCUUCACGACAUCUUCGUCAACAGUAACCUGACGCGCCUCAUAAAACUGCACCUGGAGCAGAACGAGAUCUCAGAGUUCCGCGAUGUUAACGUGUUCUGCGACCUGCCGAAUCUCAUGGAUCUCUAUCUGGGCGAUAACGCGCUGACCGCGCUGCACUUUAACCUGUCGUGCCUGCACAAAUUGCGCUUCCUGGAUCUGCGGCGGAACAGGUUUUUCAGAGUGCUCGAGCGCGAUCUGCACACCAUGGACAAUCUCGCCAAGGACCGCGGGGCUGAUGUGUCCGUGGACUUCUCCGGCAAUCCCUUCGAGUGCUCCUGCAUGCUCAACCCGCUCGUCAAGUGGAUGAAGAAUACGAAGGUGUUCGUGCGCAACAUUGUUAGGAUGCAGUGCCGCGAAGGCAAUGUGAGCCGCGAACUUCACGAGACGAAGAACUGCGCACCGAAACUGCUAGAUUCCACUCGGCGUGGGACGACGGUGCUGCUCGCCUUCCUCUUCAUGGUGCUGGUCGCCCUGAUAUGCGUGCUGCUAUACCUGUACAGGACAGUACUUCAGAAGAAGAUCGGCACGAUCGGGCCGAUCGCGCUCGACUCGGUCAACAAGCGAGUGCGGUACACCUCGAUAGCGACCGGCGACGCCCGCGAGGAUGUGUGAACGACAUACUGUGCCGGAUACACGAGGAACAUGUCGCUGGUCGAGCGACUUCGUCUCGACGAAGUCGUCACGUCGUUCCCAGAGCUCGGGCCCACUGCACCAGAUGGCGGCUACUCGUGGGUCGUUCUGCUCGGUGUCGUCUUCAUUCAGAUCACCGUACCCAGCAUACUGUCGAUGUAUGGCGUGGUACUGGGAUACCUAGCCAAGAGCGACGUACUCAACUUCGACCUUUGGAGUCAGAAGAUUACCUUAACGCCGAUACUGUUCGUCGCUUUCUGGAGCUUGGCGGAUCCAUGGACUCGUGCAAUCACGGAUUUAGCGUCGAUACCGCGGGUGGUCGGUCUCAUUGGCGUGGCUCUCCUCAGCACGGGCAUCGUCGCUUCCGGCUACCUGGCGACCGGCGGAGUAGGCGCCUACUUGGCCAGCCUCAGCGCGGGGGCGGUGAUGGGUAUCGGCGCGAGUUUCGUGAUCGUGCAGAGCGAGACUCUCCUGCGAAAGCACUUCCGUGUGCGGCUGCCGUUGGUGUUGGCCCUGAAAAAUAUCGCAGCCUCCUUCGGCUACACGCUCGUGCCGGCGCUCACGCACUUCCUCCUCAGAGUGACCGGUCUGAAGGCUGGCCUCUUGCUGAUGACCAUCGCCCUCAUUCCCACAGCCAUGGGCACGUUGACCUUGCGCUCGCCGGCUCCGCAGCGAGCGUCUCCUUACAGAUUGCUUCUGUCAGGCGACGAAGACACCGAACUUGGCAUCAGAAUACCUGCAGACAUCACCGAAGAAACGAACGAUCAGAGCAACAGCGCAAAUAAUAACGUCAACUAUCUGAACAACACCGUCAAGAACGACAGGAAUGUCGCGCCGUUGUUCAGCGAGGUCAACAGCAUCUACGCAUUUCAAGAGGACGAGGACGUGGAGCUGUUCGUGAACCCGAACGUGAGAUUGGGCAAACGGUGGCAGCAAGAGUUCCGUGUGCUCCGCUACUUCCGAUUCUGGGCUGCUCUGGUCACAUGGAUCAGCAUGAGGACUUGCACGCUCUUCUUCUGGAUCCUGGUGCCCACGCUGUACUUAAAACGCGCGUCGCCCACGUACUACUCAGACUGGAUGAUGUUGUUGGUCGUUGCUGGCUUCGGCACGUUCCUGCCGAGUGUCAGCAGCUGCUGGUUGACCAUCACCACGAUACAGUACAGGAGAAUUUACUUUGGCACAGCUUGUUGGCUCGGCGGUUUCGUGUUAAUAGGUUUAACUUAUGCCAACGACUACUACUGGUUCCUCACCUUGUCGCUGUUCGGCGGAAUCUGCAUCAACAGCCUGCUCACCUGCCAAGAUUCAACACUUUGCGAUGUGUUAGGGAAUCAGUUUACUCUUCGUUCACGCAAUCUGUUCUCCACAUUCGUCGGCCUUGGCGUGUUGGCCUUUUGUUUUGUACACAGUGAAGACGUGUGCUUUCGGAUAGUCGCGUUCCUGCAGUUUCUCGGCGGAUCUUUUUGGCUCAUACCGCCUAUCUGGGAUAUUAUACAAGCACGGAGAUUCAGACAGACUUAGUCCUGUCGCAGAAAUUAAUAAGUUAUGCCUCUUUGCCGUAAUAUAUAGUUGAAAGGGGUUAAGAUAUUGAUUAAGGGAGUCGUUAUCGUGGUCGAUCUUGGGCGCCUUUAAGUAGUAAGAAAUAUUCUUGUAAGAUAGUCUUAAGGACAGACUCGUAUAUAGAAUGUAAACUGUACAGUCAGAGAAGACGGAUUAUUUAAUCCUUAAACACGGUAUAUAUUUAAUCCUUUAUACGUACACACGCGUGAAUUCACGCGGAUUACACAGCUAAUUUCGGAUUGUCUAAAAUUUAAGGCAUCAUUCUUGAUGACGUAUAUGAAAUUGCGAUCGAAUGAAUGUUUUUACGCUACGCAUACGCACGCGUGCGACACCGCGCAAUAAAAUGUGUGUGUCUCUUGGAAUCUUUAUUAAAAUACCUCCUUUAGCGCACACGAACAUUAACAAUGCGCGGCUUACAAUAUUAUCACACUGGUCUGUCUUACUUUACUAACGGAUUUACGCUAUUAUUUGCAAAUUCUCUUAUCUGCCAAGAAUACAUACGAUCAUAUGGUCGGUAUAAGUAUCAAUUAUACAUUUGGAAGUGUUAUCUCAAUAAGCUUCCAGUUAGUGGAGACAAUGGAAGAGGAAGAGAGAGAGAAAGGGAGAGAAAAAGAGAGACAGAGAGUGAGUGAAAAAAAGGUGGAGGGAGGAGGGAGAAAACAAUAAUACAAAGACAGAAUUAUAUCACAAAAUAAGUCGCAAGGCAAACGCGGAAUACGCGAAGUUCCGUGACAUCUUGCGCAUCCUAUAAGAAGGAAGUAUAAAAACUGACAAUAUCUUAAAAUUUAUCCGAUCAUCAUCCGCGCAUCAUCCGAUCGUAUCUGUAAUUCGACAAAAGCCGUACCGCCGAUUAAGCAGGAUUAAAUGAUAAAAUGACGACAGAGAGAUCGUUCACUCGCGCAUAAAAUACAUAGAAAAACGCGCAGAUAUUGUAUAGUAAUUACCUAAUUUUUAUUGCAACCGUUAUAUAAAAUUGCUCUCUCUUAAACACGCAACCAGAACUCGUAUAAUUAUAUUUAAUAAUUAUAUUCUUUUUCUUUAUUCUAAAUAUGCUAAAAUGUAACUUUAUAAUUAACAAUCGUCGAAAUAGCUAAAACCCCUUUAGAUUGCUUCUUAUUAACCGUUGCGACACAUCGAUAACUGCACGAUUAACAUUGCGAAAAGUGCUCCAUGUAAGGCUUGGUCUACAAUGUAUGGAGCUUGAAGUAAGAAUGUAAGAAGUAA